AAAACGACAAAGCCCCAUUGUUCGCCAAGACCCGUGGCGGGCACACCGUUCACGAAGAGAUCCAGCAAGCGAGUCACCGGUGGCUGGCAUGGCUGGGCACACCAGAAAAGCAAAACGAGCAAGGACCAUUUCAGUCAGGCUGAAGCAGAAUGGACGACGAUCGCCAGACCACGGCCCCGUAUGCACGCACUAUAAUACCGGCGGGUUCUAUUGCGGUGUAUGAAACAGAUGGAAGAAGAAACGAGGAGCCACUUCAAGAAGUCUGCCUCGAGAUUGUGCAUGUCUUGCGUGUACGCUCGCAAACCUCGUCAGAACAGGACCGGGGACACUGGCAUUGCGCUUGUGCCCGUGUCUCGGUUUCUUUGUCUUGCUUUCCUCUGACCACUCGCAACCUCACUGGCCUGCCUGUUUCGAGAUGCAUUGCCUUCAUCCGCACGAACACUUGCCGAAGCUUGCUCACUCCUGUAACCAGGGGGAACUGUUUCCCGUCGUGUUUCUUCCUUUGGGGAUGCAGCAGGUGGAUGAAGACGCAUGACCGUGCGCAGCCAGCAGCCCUAAGAGCCUCUCGCCUAAUGCUCUGUACCCUCCACGCAUCUGCCGGCAGAUGACGGAACGCCGUUAUGAUGGCAGCACGGCAACAAGCCUCGCGAUCAAACCCGCCAUCUUUCGCGUGGGUUGCUGCUGGGAUUAAACGUGGCCCCGGACGCAGGGGCCUCGGCGGAGUCGAGGCUUCGGGUUUCAGAAACGCCAAAACGGGUCUCCAGGCCCGUGUGGGCUGCCUUCAGCGAGUCAAGGACCGGGGACCAGUUGUCAGUUGGGGGUCCGCCCCAUGCAGCUCGACUCGGUGCAAGAG